CUCCGUUACCUACGAAUCGAAAGAGACUGGCGAACCUUAUCGCUGGCCACAAAUACAUUCACAGCGCUGCAAAGGAAACCUGACGAACUUUGGCCGACGCCAAGAGAAAAAGCCAAGUCGGUUUUGUGACUUUCGCGCGAGGCUCGUCGAGUCCGAGGCAGGCACCACGUUCAUCUUCAGCUCGAGGCGGAAAUCCGCCGUUGCCAAGAGGCGAAUAACUUGCAAGCCAAAGAAUCGUUUAUAGUCUUCUUCUGUCCUUGCUGCAGAAGUCCUCGCGAGAUCGCUCUCUCUCUCUUGUCGAGACUCGCGCUGCCAGCAUUCCCAGUCCAAGCGUCUCGCCACGAGUCGCGCAGGCGACACAGUCUUCGUCGUCGUCCCCGUCCGUUUCGUCCUUUCGGAUCAAAAGAAAGGAUUUCUCCUCCUCUUCUCUUUUCCGUCUCGCGUUUCCUCCCUGCGCGCCGUAGCGUCUUCUUUUUCUCUACACCUCUUUCCGUCGCGCGAAACCACGGUCGCUGCAUCUUUGCUCAACGAGCACUCCCGUGCACUGGCCAUCUUGUCGCGACGACUGCUUCGCCUCUUUUGGUUUCCCCCUCUCCUCUACGCGUUCCACCGACGUUGUUCCCCUGCCGACCUUUUCCUUUUCCGCGAAGACCUCUUGUGCAGUCGACUGAAAUGGCGAAGGGCAAACGAAGAGGUGGGCGCCGUCACAAGAGGACGACAGCCUCGGCAGCGGACGCCUCUGACGAAGGAGAACUCCCGGAGGGAAGCGAGGGGGAAGUCGAGGAUCAAGGCGAGGACGCGGUCUCUCUCUCCGGAAGGGCCCCGGCAACCUGCAGCGCGCGAAAACCGGAGAAAGCGACCAAGAGAAGAAGAGACGAGGAUUCGGAGAGUCCUGCGGCCGUGCACGAGGACGCACUCGUGGACCCCGAGGCCUCUCCGGUAGUGCCUUCCGAUGGCGGUUACCCGAAAGUUGACAAACAAAAAUCCAAAGGAAAACGCAGCGUCGACGGAUACGUCGAAUAUCUCACUCACGUCAAAGAUGUCAUCGAUCAACGUGCAUUCAAAUCUGAUGAAGAAUGGCAAACGUUCGUCGCUGCCACCGCAGAAGAAGUCGGCUCCAAGACGCCGCUGGUCCUCACAGAUCAACGAUGCAGCAAAGUGGUGGAGAAGAUCCUUGGCCUCCUCGCCGGCUUUCUCUCUUCGUCUGGGGCGUCGCGACGCGAGCAGCAGAAACAGAAUAUCCACGCGUUUCUGCUGCUUCUUCGGAAGCUGUCAGGAAGUGCAGGUCAAUUGGCAGUGCAUGCAAACGGUUCGCAUGUUCUCCAAACUCUCUUCGGAGCUCUGCCCUGCGUUCUGGACGCGGAGCGGCGACUCCGAGAGGAAGGCGACGAGGAGGCGGCGCAGUCGGUUGAAGAUCUGACGCUCUAUUCACUGCAUGCGAUUGAGUCCGAACAGGGAGGAUGGAUAUCCCUCAUGACUCACAGCUGCGGCUCUCACGUCUUCCGCGCCGUCGUUCGCGCGGCCGCAGGGAUUUACUCUCUUCCUUCAGUCGACGAACUCGGCCGACGGAAACCGCGAAAAAGACGUCAAGAGACUGCUGAGACUCUGCCCGAUACUUCGCUGAGUGGAGACGGAGCGGGUGGCUCGAACGGGACGCGAGGCACUGGCGCUCAACGUUUCCCCUCUCCUCCGUCGCUGCAGGCGCUGCUACAAAGAAUCGCGAAAAGCGUCGCCGCUGCUGUCAGUGCAAAUCCUUAUUCCUUGCUCUUUGAUGUCUACGCGUCUCCAGCUCUCCAGCUUCUUCUCCACGUCACAGCCUCUGCCCCUCAGUUCGAAAAGGCGAAGACGCGUCUCCUGGCAGCGAUUUUCCGACUCGACAGCCCAGAGGCGACCCGACGAAGCGAGAUGAUGCAACUUGCAGAUGCCCUCGUCGACAGCCCAACAGGAAGUCGCGCUUUAGAAGUUGCAGCCUUGAUGCUCGCGCCUGAACCGUUUGAACUGUUUUUCUCUUCCUGGCUCCUGAAACGCGUCAACCACCUUGCGCAAGGCCGCUUCGGAAACUUCAUGCUCCAAAAGCUCCUGACCUCGACCCUCUUGCAGCCGGCUCACGUCCGGCAGCUGGUUGGCGCUGUGGACUUCAGCGCCUGCGUCGCUGCCAGGACUCCCGCCGUCCUCUGGCGCCUCUCCGAGGCUUGUCGGCGCGUCCGGACGUCUCAGGCCGACUUUGCCAAGCGCCUGUUUGCGGCCUUCGACCUCCACAAUCCGAAAAACCUUCCCUUUGCGUGGUUUUCUCUCCUCGCGCUCGCGCGGCCUGAAGGCCUCUCCCCCUCGCUCUGCUUCUUCGCCCAGCAAGAGAAGGCCGGGGACGAAGGCGAACAGAAGCCUCACACGCUUCGACACUUGAGCGACAUGGUGACCCCCACCGGCGUCUCCAUCGUCCUCAGUCUCCUCCGGUUCCCACCCGCUGCGAUUCAACCUCUCGUCGGCGGCUUCAAGAAGUUCGUGAAAAUCUUAAAGAGGACUUCUGUCUCCGUCCGACAGUGGAGAGGCAAAGACUGCCCUCCUCUCUGGGAUGAACGUCCGGCUCUGCUGAGCCUCGCGACCGAUGCGCAAGGCUCGCGGCUUUUGGAGGGCCUUGUGAAGGCCGCGGCCUCUGCGUCUCACAGCUCAGGACGAGGAGAAAAGGAAUCGGAGAGUAGCCGCAACGUUCUCUUUCCGCCGCAAGCUGUUCAACAACUCUUGAAGGCUUUUUGCGGGAACUACGCACAGGCAGCGCUGCAUCCGACUGGGGGCUUCGUAGUCACCACCUUCUACGAUGCCGCAACGGUGGACAUCAAGCGGCGGAUUGUGCAGGAGCUGUUGGAGGUCGAAGAAGAACUGCGAGAGAAAAACUACGCGGCAUACGUCAACUGUGAAAUUCAUACGUUCAAAAGAAACGAAGAAGGCUGGGCAACGCGGCAGGAGAAAAAGAGCAAGACCAGGGAGCUUUUCAAGGACCUGCUGGCCGAGGAAGGCGACCAGGCGGAGGAUGUCGUGGAGGCAGAGAAAACGGAGAAGCAUGCGGCUCAUGAAGCUGCCCGCGCCCUCCUCGAGCGCGACGCGGUGGCGCAGCAGCUUCUGGGCGUGGACGAGAAGAAGAAGAGCAAGAAGACCGUGGAAAAGAGGAAGAAGAAGCAAGCUCCGGAGUCGGACAGUGAUGGUGACGUUUUUGAGGAGUCGAGCACCUCACGCAAAGAAGCGCAGGAAGCCGUGGACACAAUCUUCAGUGAAGCUGCGAAGGAACAGAAGGGCAAGCGUCGACGCACAAAGACGGAGCAAACAGAGCUGGCAGACCAGGACGCGGACGGCGCGAGUGCUGCAGACUCUUCCUCUGGAACCUCGAAGAAGCGAAAGGGAGAAAAAGGAGAAGCGGCUCCGCAAGACAAGACUCUGGAGGCUGCCUUCUUCUUUAUCGAAGGGACUCGCUCAGAUCUUAGCAAGCGGCAGGUCGCGAAGAGAAGGAAACUCGAAGCUGCGAAGCUGGCUGCUGCUGGAGCGCCUGUUGACGUUCGCUGAUACUUCUCCGCUGGUCUCCGCGUUCCCCAUCGUCCUCUCCUUUCCUUUUUCAGUCUCCUUUCUUCUCACCUUUCUUUUCAUCUUCCCUCUCAGUGUUCCCCUCUCGUUUCUGUCCUUUCCUUCGUCCUGUCUGCGUCUGCUUCCUCGGUUGUGCUCCCUCUCUUUCCCCCAUCUGUCUUUCCUGCUUUCUCGCCUCCGCUGUGUAAACAGCUCCUUGAUAGUGAUUCCUUUCUCCCCUUCGUACGUUGUGCCGUCGCGUCACGGGGAUCAAAGCGCGAUGACGGGAUCGGAUUUUCCUCCGCGUUCCGCGACGCCAGAGUCUUUGUCCGACAACGGUGUCUCCGUCCUCAGACUUUCGUCUUUCAAACGUUUCUCACAGAGUCAAGUCGCCCAACGCGGCGACCCACGCAGAGCCAACGAAACGCACGAGGAGAAAAAAAAACAGGCGAAAGGCAGCCUCGAACAUCACCUCAAAAAAACGCGCAUGCAGAGGGAGGAAGGAAAAACACGAAGAAAGGGAAGAAGAAACCGCGUGGAGAGGCACAGGAUAUGCGAGAGAUACGCCGAGUAAAGCAAGAAGAAAGAGUUGCGCGACGGCCAAGAGAAAGCGGAGGGCGAGUGCAAGGAGGUGACAAGAGAACUUCUCACGUUUGGAAUAAACUUCAAGUCUGUUCACUGCGACUCACGAGAUGACUCGAAAAAACGAAAACCGGGUGCCACAAGGACAUGCAUGGCAGCACCCUGCAGCGAGAAAAAGGAUAUACGGAGUUAAGGCGGACGCGGGGAGCCUCUGCGACAUUAGUUGCUGCUCCUCCAGAGAAGUCCAAGAGCCAAGGUCGGUCGAAGCCGAAGAAACGAAAUCGUCUACACCCGAGAAAAAAACUUAUACAGAAAGGAGGCAAGCGAGAGAUGCGUAUGAAGCAGUAAAAACGCCCAUUUCCCUUCUUUCUGACUUCCUCGACAAGCCUUGAGAGCGUCAGAAAAGACAACGGUCAUCGGUUCUCG